AUGGCGCAUGAAGUGUAUCAUAAAGAACGUCACGAACGAAAUAAAAUAGAACAAGAUCAAUACACUUCUUCGAGAAUUAUUAUUGGAAUUUGGCUACUGGUGACAACCGUACUUAUAUCAGCAUACAGAGGUGUACUCUUUUUUUACAAUACUUAUCCCGCUUAUGAGAAAGUACCGAGAACAAUUGAAGAACUCUCAAAUGCAGUCAAAAAUCAUGAAUAUUCUUGUGGAACUCUCUCACAUUCGGCAUUCGAAAAAAUGAUGCUGGAUACUCCUAAAGAAAUGGCAAGCAUUUUAGGUGAUUACAUACGAAAUAACCAAGAUAAGACCUUUCCUACAGUAAACGAAGGAAUUGAAUAUACACUACAACAUAAACAUGCAUACAUUACAUCUAUCGGUAUUGUGAAUUCAUUACCGAUUGAACAGAAAAAAUUAUUAGUAAUUUCAGAGGAAUCGUUUUCAACUUAUUCAUUAGUAUAUCCUAUGAAAAAACAAUUUAAAUUUGAAAAACAAUUUAAUAAAAUAAUUACAAGAUUAGUAGAUAAUGGGAUAUACAAAAAACUGGAACGGAACGAUUUACCUACGGAUGAAAGCAGCAACAAAGAAACAUAUCACUCACUUAGUAUGGAAGACAUUUGCAGCGCUUUAAUAUUAUUGCACGAAUAUGUUAUGAAAGUAGAUGAAAAGCAAAAGCAAGUUAUUUGGAGUCCAAGUCUCAAGACAUUCAAAUAUAUUCAAGAGAUACUGAAAUUUCAAUACGAAUUAGUGAAACCAAUUCCAAAACAAUUUGAUAAAAAACUAAAAAAUGGAACAAUAACUGGAACCAUGGGACAAUUACUUGAUAAUAAAGCAGAUAUGAUUUUCUUUCCAAUUUUCAUAACAGAAGAACGGUACAGACAACUUUAUUUUUCUUCUCCUGUCGAUUUCUGUAGUAUCAAAUUUAUGGUUAAAAAGUCGAUACCAACAAAGAACUGGUCUUCGGUAAUCGAACCGUUUUCUUUCGAAAUAUGGGUUUUCAUUGUUAUUAGCAUAAUUAUCUCUACCUGUGUAUUUAACGAAGUGGAAAAGAAGGCAUCUCUAUUCAACGAAAUAACUGAACGUUGGAAAAUAACAAAAAUAUAUUGGUACUUUUUUGGCAUUCAUUGUAAUCAAGGUGGAGACUUGAAGAACGUAAAAACAUUUUCCACUAGAAUUUUUAUUGGAACGUGUUUAGUUUCCUCUACCGUGCUAAUUUUCUGUUACAGCAGCAUGGUGAUAUCAUCUUUGACUUCACCACAUUACGACCCAGUUCCAGAUACAAUUUCAGAACUUGCUUCUGCUAUUUCUAAAGGAAAAUAUUCGUGUGGAACUUUAACAGGAAGUUUUUUAAGUACUUUUGUAUUGAAUUCUGAAGCCGGAGCCGCUAAAGUUAUUGCAGAUCAUAUUAAAAAAAAUGGAAACAUUUAUCAUGGAGAUGUUGGUAUGAAAAGAGUUAUAAAAGGUUACAGUUCAUUCAUCAGCACAGAAGAAAAUCUUGUAAGCAUUUCUCGUUUAUCACAAGCUGGCCUAAUAAAUCCUGAUGCACCAGAUUUAAAGAAUAUCGAUAAUAUUCCAAAUAUUCAACCAUUAACUAUGGAUGAUCUCUUCAGUCUAUUUUUACUUUUACUUUCUGGUUACGUGUUUGCUACUUUUUGUACUUUCCUGUGUAUAUUCGAACUUGGUUAA